AUGCAUAAUGUGGCAGCGUACGGGUAUCCCACGCCUCCGGCAUCCCCCUCCUACGACAACACCAAGUGUGCUUUUCAACAACCACCACUAGCUGUGCCUCCUGUUUGCCAACCUCGAUACACUCCAGCUGCCCCGGAAGAUAGACUAGGAAAGUUCCUUGGAGAAAGCCUGCAGUUGAUAGGAAUUAUUGGAACCGGUGCCUAUGGCGUGGUCUACCUGGCGGUCGACGUCAAGACUGGAGUCCGAUAUGCAGUGAAGACGCUCAGCAAAUUCAACGCAGACGGAUCACCUCUGGAUCGACGGCAAAUUGCCUUUCAGCACCGGGAACUACGCUUACACUAUAUGGCCUCGGCGCAUCCUAACGUUGUUUCCAUGCACAAAAUUGUUGACGACCCGGAUUGCAUAUAUGAUGCAUUGGUCAAAAGCGUAUUCCUGCAGAUCCUGGACGCCGUUGAGCAUUGCCAUAACCUGGGGAUCUACCACCGCGACUUAAAACCCGAGAAUAUCUUAGUUUCGAACCGGGGAGACACGGUAAAGUUGGCAGACUUCGGCUUGGCGACCUCAUCAGACCGGUCCGAAGAUUACGGAUGUGGUUCGACUUUCUAUAUGUCACCAGAAUGUCUGGACCCAUCAUCCCGAAGGCCAUUUUAUUACUGCGCCCCAAAUGAUGUCUGGAGCCUUGGUGUUAUCCUAGUAAACUUGACCUGUGGUCGUAAUCCGUGGAAGCAAGCCUCCUUUGAAGAUUCCACAUAUCGUGCCUACACCAGGAGUCAGGAUUUCCUACGGACUAUUUUGCCAUUGUCGGAUGACCUCAACAAUAUACUAGGGCGGAUAUUUACCCGCAACCCAGACCACAGAAUUACGUUACCAGAACUCCGGAACAGCAUCCUCGCCUGUUCCAGAUUUACGAUUUCACCUAAUGCGCCUGCCCCCCAGGCAGCGCUCCCAACACCGCCCACUUCACCCGGGCCCAUCGAAUACGUUGACUGCGAAGAAGCCAUUGUCGAAGACUUGAGCUACGAUUCGCCACCAUCACCCUCCGCUUCGGAUUCCGAUACGGAGUCCAUAUGUUCAUCCGACGAUGGAUCUCUUACCUCGAGUGUUUCGACUAUCGACGACAUAGACGACGACGACUUCGUUAUCACGGAGGAUGAGAUCCCUCCUAACCAGGAGCCUCAGUUGCCCUAUUGA